AUGGCGGAAUGCGAGAGGGCAUCAUUGUAUGUAAUUGACGGUUAUCGCUACGAGUCGCCUGAUUUAAUGAGGAAGGAUGAGGGAAGCCAGGUGAAGUUUUGCGGCAGCCAGCUAUACUACACCGAGGAAGGCAUGAAAUCAUAUAUGUCCACUGGCAAUCGCCUUAUCGUUAAAUUCGUGACCAAGGAUAGUCCUAGUCCGUCGCUGCUCGCGAAGUACGAGGACGAAGGCAAACCGAUUGGUUUUCGCCUCGUCUGGACUGAAGUUGACGACCAGCCUUCCGAUGGACAAGGCUUUGCAUGCAAAGGUGGCGAGUUAUGCAUCGAUAAUGGCCAGAAUAUUUGCGCCAGCCGAAGUCAAUUAUGCAUCGAUAAAUCGCUUACUUGUAACGGUAUUCACAACUGCGCUGAAAAUGAUCACAGUGAUGAACAAGACUUGAUAUUGUGGCAACGAGCCCGGAUCCGGAGACGUGUUGAGAAAAGGAAACGUGAACAGCUGGAAGCAGCUACAAUCACUGAUAGCAACGGUAAAAAUGCAGUGGUUUGGGAGCCAACAAAUUGCCGAAUAACAGAUCUCGAUUCGCCAAGCAUUCAGCAACAUUGCCCCCAUCGUAACCUCUGUCAACAUUAUCACCACCACCAUCAUCAGCAACAACAACAACAACAAAAUCACUUCAUCCUUCCAGAAAUGAAUACAUUCCGAUCAGCACUGUUAUGA